GAUUUCCGAACGCAGGCAAGUCGACCUUGUUGCGGGCAAUUUCAAAUGCCAAACCCAAAGUGGCAGAGUACGCAUGUAAGUAAACUUUGAUGUCAGAAGAAUGCAUAUAUUGUUUAUAUUUACUUCACGUAAUCGAAAUUUAUUGACUAUCCUUUGUUAGUUACGUCACUCAGUCCAGCGUUAGGAAGAAUGCAGUUUGAUGAUUUCAGUCAGGUUAGUUUUACCCUUAGUAAAUUUUGCAAAGUUGUGUCAUGUUUCCAUCUUUCUACUUUUUACGUCAGUGGCGUUCCCUAACAUAAUAUAGGUUUAAGUUGUGGAGUCACACGGCAUACUCUUCAUGUGCCGAACUUAAAGAAUCACAGUCAACCGUGAUGCUUCGCGCGCGCUAUGUAAAUAUUUAUAUAAAUGACAUUGCACCCUUGUUAGACCUGUUCAUAAAAUAAACUGUAAAUAACUAAUAAUAUACAUUAGCUUUAUUUUUAACAAAAAACGUUAAGACAUUUACCCGGUGUUUUUUGAUGAAAUCCUGAUAAAAGAGAAACAAACAACAAAAUACAAUAGAGAGGUUCAGAUUUGACUUCCACAACAGCUACCAUUAUAUAUUUAACAACUAUAAAACAUUUUCCGUGUUGAUAUACAGUUAUAUCAACACGAGUGGAAAUUGGAAAAACGAGAAAUUGUGUGGUUUUAUAUUUGUUUUAUAAUAUUGUACAAAGAAAUAUAAAGAAAUAAAUUUUCCGACGUUUCCGUGUUGACAUUGAGUUAUAUCAACACGGCUCUUAGCCAAUCAGCGUUCAGAAUUUACAAAUGCUAUAUUAUAUAUAUAUAUAUAUAUAUAUAUAUAUAUAUAUAUAUAUAUAUAUAUAUAUAUAUAUAUAUAUAUAUAUAUAUAUAUAUAUAUAUAUAUAUAUAUAUAUAUAUAUAUAUAUAUAUACUUCCUAGUUACUUAUACUGAAAAUAAUUUUGUAUUCCAUUCUUUAUAGUUGACAGUGGUUGAUCUGCCUGGUUUAAUAGAAGGCGCGCAUCAAAACAAAGGACUGGGGCUCAAAUUUCUACGCCAUAUUGAAAGGGCAAGGAUGUUGAUGUUUGUGGUAAAUAAAUAUGGUUUUAACACAGCUAGAUCUCACCCUAGUAUUGUAGUGUAAUGUGAUAAUACCAUACAUAAAGCCAAACUUUUAUAUACUCCUCCACUAAUAUUAAUUUCAGACAUGAUUGAGGGCGGUUAUUUGAAAGGGGGAAGCUUAAUAGAGAGGGAAAGCUUAAUAGAGAGAAGCUUCAUAGAGAGGGGAAUCUUGAUAGACAGGGGAAGCUUAAUAGACAGGGGAGCUUAAUAGACAGGAGAAGUUUAAUAGACAGGGGAAGCUUAAUAGACAGGGGAGCUUAAUAGAGAGGGGACCUUAAUAGAGUUGGGAGCUUAAUAGAGUGGGGAGCUUAAUAGAGAGGGGAAGCUUCAUAGAGAGGAGAGCUUAAUAGAGAGGGAGCUCAAUAGAGAGGAAAGCUUAACAGCGAGGGAGUUUAAUAGAGAGGGCAGCUUAAUAGAGAGGAAGUUUAGUAGAGAAUAAAGCUUAAUAGAGAUGCGAGCUCGUGCAUAUUUGAGGGACUGUGGAAGAGUAAGUUGCCAGUGCGUUGACAUGAAUCUUUAUAGAGUUGUUCAUUAUACACACAUUUAGGUGGAUGUCAAUGGAUUUCAGCUCUCAAGUAAGCAUCCAACGAGAACAGUAUUCGAAACGAUUUGUUUACUGGCUAACGUAUGUAUAACCACAGAAAUGUUUUAUUAUUGUUCAUAAGCUGCUGUUUGGUCUUAGGGCUUAAAUUUAGGCUAAGG